CCAUUUCAAUGGUGCAGCUUUCCCAAGCCCCUUUCCAUCGUCCAUCAUCACCUUCAGGCCGGUUGGAGGAAGGGGAGGAGAAGAGGAUGAAGGCGGCCAAGCAGCAGGUGACCCCGACUGGGGAGAGCCCGGCUCCCGCCAGCCCCCUGCAGUCCGCGCUGAGCACGGCGGCCUCUCCUUCCCAGGCGUAUGAGAUCUACAUCGACAACGGGCUCAUCUGCCUCAAACACAAGAUCAGGAAUAUCGAGAAAAAGAAGCUCAAACUAGAAGACUACAAAGAUCGUCUGAAGAAGGGAGAAACCCUCAAUCAAGACCAAUUGGAGGCAGUAGAGAAAUAUGAUGAAGUAGUGCACAACCUGGAAUUUGCCAAGGAGCUUCAGAAGACUUUUUCAGGGCUUAGCCAAGAUCUGCUGAAAGCACAGAAGAAGGCUCAGCGGAGAGAGAGUCUACUGAAGCUUGAAGCAGAGAAGAAAAAGCUGCGUACAAUACUUCAAGUCCAGUAUGUGCUGCAGAACUUCACUCAAGAGCAUGUACAGAAAGAUUUCAAAGGUGGUGUGAAUGGUGCAAUAUACUUGCCUUCUAAAGAACUAGACUACCUCAUAAGAUUUGCAAAAUUGACGUGUCCAGAAAGAAAUGAGAACUUGAGUGUUGAAGACCAGAUGGAACAAUCAUCUCUCUACUUCUGGGACCUUCUAGAAGGAAGUGAGAAACCUGUGGUUGGAACAACAUAUAAACACAUGAAGGACCUGUUAUCCAAACUUCUAGACUCUGGCUACUUUGAAAGUAUUCCAACUCCUCGCACCACUGUGCCAGUAAAAGAAUUGGAAGAAGUAAAUAGAAAACCUGAGAAAACCAGACAACUGUCAAAAGGAGAGUCUGCCAAAGAACCAGAAUCCAUUAUGGAGCUUAUGAAAUCUGAAAUACAGCCACAGGAGUUUCUCAACAGGCGUUAUUUGCCUGAAGCAGAAUACUCUGUCAAGAAGAAGCCAGAAGAGCCCAGAUCUUGGGAAGCCGAGUGUGUUAGAAAACAAGAACCUCCAAAGUCCUGGGAGAUGCUUGUUGAUAUUAAAGAGCAGGAACAGAAGCAGAAACAAGAGACCUUAAAGCCUUGGGAAGCUCGUGUUAGACAGCAAGAACUAAAAAGACCAGAUUCUCCAAAGCCUUGGGAAGCUUCUGUUAAAGAGGAGGAACAGAAGCGUGAGUCUGCAAAGCCCUGGGAGACCAGUGUGGAGGAGGAACAGAAGAAGCCGGAAGCUCCAAAGGCAUGGGUAGCACGUGUCCGAGAGGAGCAGGAGUCUCCCAAACCCUGGGUAGCAAAGGUCAGGGAAGAGCAGGACCAGAAGAAACAGGAAUCACCUAAGCCAUGGGUAACAAAAGUUAGGGAAGAGCAGGAACAGAAAAAGCAGGAGUCCUCAAAACCUUGGGUAACCAAAGUUAAGGAAGAACCAGAAGAAAAGCAGGAAUCUCCAAAACCUUGGGUAACCCAAACUAGGGAGCAACCAGAACAAAAGAAGCCAGACCCUUUGAAAACAUGGGAAGUGCCUGUUAGGGAAGAGCCAGAGCAAAAGAAGCAGGAGCCUGUGAAGGCUUGGGCUACACAUGUUAGGGAGGAGCCAGAACAAAAGAAGCAGGAGACUCGAGAGGCUUGGGAAAAAGCUGACAGGCAGCAGCAAGUGUCAUCACCGCAGUUACAGAACCCUCCGAAGUCCUGGGCAGCUGCCAGUAUGGGGCCAAAGGAACAGAUGGGGCCAAAGAAGUUUGAUAUGGAACCCAAAGAAAGGCGGGACCGCAAACCGAAGGUUGAAUGCGAGAUUAAAAAAGUGCCUAAACCUGUACAUCAGCCAGCUGCAGAAUUUUGCUCUACUUCAACUCUUCCAAAAGAUCCAGUAUUGAGAAGGGAAAAACUUCAGGAUCUGAUGACUCAGAUACAAGGGACUUACAACUUCAUGCAAGAGUCCAUUCUGGAUUUUGAUAAAGCUUCACCAAGUGCCAUUGGUUCAUCCCAACCUCCUUCAGUUACUCCAGCAAGUAGUCCUGUAGCUUCGAAAGACCAGAAACUGCCAAGUCAGAGUGAUUUUCUUCAACAACCUCUUCAAGCUGCUGCUUCACCCAUGGCGCUGCAUGGUUCAAACACUUCCCUAGCAUCUGCUGAUCAUGCUCUUUCUGGCUCUGAAACUGAAGACUUGGUGACACCACAGGCAACUAUUCUCCUCCCAAGUGAGCCACAGUCACCAUUGCCUACUUCAAGCACCCCCAUGCCAUCAGUGCCACCAGCACAAAGCUUUCAGUCUCCUCCAGCAAGCAGCAGUUCUGUCACAAUAACAGCAGCUCCCUUUCAGGCUAUGCAGACUGUAUUUAAAGUGAAUGCACCACUGCCUCCACGUAAAGACCAGGAAAUUAAAGAGGAUUCUUCAUAUUCAGCAGGAUAUAACCAGAGUUUUUCCACAGCAAGUACACAGACUCCUCCUCAAUGCCAGUUGCAAUCUUCUCAUGUUGCAGAACAAACCUCUCUUUCACAAGAAUCUCUGUCCUCCGCAGUGAACUAUCAACCUGAUGGAGCUGUUCCUGUUAUCAAUGGUAGCCUUGCCUUUUAUCCAGCACAGGCUAAUGUUAUUCCCAGACCCCCUCAGCCUUACCUCAACAGUCGUGGGUCUGUCAGAGGAUCUGCUAGAGGUGGAAGGUCACUGGCUAACUCAUAUCGCUCCCCUGGUGGGUACAAAGGUUUUGAUGCUUACAGAGGUUCACCUUCAUUAACUAAUGGCAACUAUGGCCAGCUACAGUUUCCUGGUAGAGAUUAUGCUGGAAUGCCAUAUUCUCAGAGGGACGUUAAUUACCAGCAGUGCUAUAAACGAGGUGGGAUAAGUAGUGGUCCUCGAGCAAAUUCAAGAGCAGGGUGGAGUGACUCCUCUCAGGUGAGCAGCCCAGAACGAGACAAUGAGACCUUUAACAGUGGGGACUCUGGGCAGGGAGACUCCCGCAGCAUCACCCCUGUGGAUGUGCCAGUGACGAGCCAGGCUGCCACCAUACUCCCGGUGCACGUCUACCCGCUCCCACAGCAGAUGAGAGUCGCCUUCUCUGCUGCUCGAACAUCCAACCUGGCCCCUGGAACUCUAGAUCAGCCCAUUGUGUUUGACCUGUUGCUGAACAACCUCGGAGAAACUUUUGAUAUCCAGUUUGGUAGGUUCAACUGUCCGGUGAAUGGUACCUAUGUCUUCAUCUUCCACAUGCUGAAACUGGCUGUCAAUGUCCCUCUGUAUGUGAAUCUCAUGAAGAAUGAAGAGGUCCUUGUGUCAGCAUAUGCAAAUGAUGGGGCUCCUGACCAUGAAACAGCCAGUAACCAUGCAGUCCUGCAGCUGUUCCAGGGAGAUCAGAUCUGGCUACGGCUGCAUCGGGGAGCCAUCUAUGGAAGUAGCUGGAAAUACUCCACCUUUUCAGGAUACCUCCUUUAUCAGGACUAA